AGAAGGAGGGGGAGAGUCAGAGAGUCAGAGAAGGAGAGAGAGAGAGAAGGAGGGAGGGGGAGAGAGACAUAGAGAGGCAGGGAGGGAGAGAAGGAGGGAGAGAGUCAGAGAGKCAGAGUCAGAGAAGGAGAGAGAGAGAGAGAGAGAGMGAGCGCUGCCUUCCCGCCUCGACCCCAAUUAGAGUGGCGCGCGCUUCCCUGAGCCUCCUUCUUUGGCGGGAGCCUCGCGCGCGCCUCCUCCUUCUCCUCCUGACAGCUCUUCCUGACGCUGCCUGUUCUUCCCGCCUUUGCUCUGGCAGCUGCCUAACUCUCCCCUGCCUGCCGGUCUCUCUCUCUCUCUGUCUCUGUCUCUUCCUUUCUCCUCCUUCUCCUUUUGCCUUUUCCCUGCCGCUCUCUACUCGCCCGCCCGCGCGCCUGCCUCUGCCAUUUCCCUGCGCCGCGCGCCUCCUCUUCCUCCUCAGCACCACCAGCAGCGGGGACAGCGGCGGCAGCAUGUCGAACUCGGGCAGGAAGGACUUUGACGUGAAGCACAUCUUGCGCCUCCGCUGGAAACUGUUCAGCCACCCAGCGGCGUCGGCGGGCGGCUGUUUGCAGCCGGACAGCAGCUUCGAGCACUGGGGACCCAGCCAGAGCCGCCUCCUCAAGAGCCAGGAGAGGAGCAGCGGUGGCGGCGGCGCCUUCUGGAAGCGAGCCUCCUCUUCCUCGUCCUCUUCCUCGUCGUCGCCUCGCUCCGCCUCGCCCCUCAACGGGACCCUGCUCCCGGCCACCCGGCUCCAGGCGCUGGCCGAGCAGCCGCCCCGCUCCGUCUUCUACGUGGAGUCCCUAGAGGAGGAGGAGGGGCCCGGGGAGUUCCCUCGCCAGGCGGAGAAAGCGCUUCUCCUGCGCCAGGUCAAGGCGGGAGGAGGAGGAGGAGGGCAGGAGCCCGCGCCUCUCUCCGAUGGCGGCGGAGGAGGCGGUGGAGGCGGCGGACGGGCAACAGGUGACAGCGUCGUCCACAGGUUGUCACCAGCCAGCCUCCCUUUGCAACCUCAGUAUGAUAUGGAUCCUAAUAGUUCUGAAGAGUUUUAUCAGGCUGUACAUCAUGCAGAACAAACCUUCAGGAAGAUGGAGAGUUACUUGAAACAACAGCAACUCUGUGAUGUUAUUUUGAUUGCUGGAAACCGUAAAAUACCUGCACAUAGACUUGUUCUAAGCUCCGUUUCUGAUUACUUUGCUGCCAUGUUUACAAGUGAUGUUUGUGAAGCAAAGCAAGAAGAAAUCAAAAUGGAAGGCAUUGACCCAAGUGCACUAUGGGACCUUGUUCAGUUUGCCUAUACAGGUUGCCUGGAACUAAAGGAAGAUACCAUAGAAAACCUCCUGUCAGCAGCAUGCCUUCUCCAGCUCCCUCAAGUAGUUGAAGUCUGUUGCCAUUUCCUCAUGAAGCUUUUACAUCCAUCUAAUUGUUUGGGAAUCCGGGCAUUUGCAGAUGCUCAAGGAUGCACAGAGCUUAUGCAGGUGGCUCACAACUAUACCAUGGAAAACAUAAUAGAAGUUAUUAGAAAUCAAGAAUUUUUACUGCUGCCAACAGAAGAACUCCAUAAACUUCUAGCUAGUGAUGAUGUGAAUGUUCCUGAUGAGGAAACCAUUUUCCAUGCCUUAAUGAAGUGGGUGAAAUAUGACAUGCAGAGGAGAUGCAAUGACCUGAGUAUGUUACUUGCCUACAUCCGGUUGCCACUUCUUCCACCACAGAUUUUAGCUGACCUUGAAAACCAUGCACUUUUUAAAGAUGACUUGGAAUGUCAGAAGCUGAUUCUGGAAGCCAUGAAAUAUCAUCUUUUACCAGAAAGACGAACUCUUAUGCAAAGUCCAAGAACUAAGCCAAGAAAAUCCACAGUUGGGACCCUCUAUGCAGUUGGAGGAAUGGACAACAACAAAGCAGGUGCUACCACCAUAGAGAAGUAUGAUCUCAGGACAAAUAUAUGGAUCCAAGCAGGAGUGAUGAAUGGCAGAAGAUUACAGUUUGGUGUGGCUGUCAUUGAUGACAAACUCUUCGUUAUAGGAGGCCGCGAUGGUUUAAAGACAUUAAACACUGUUGAAUGUUACAAUCCAAAGACAAAGGCAUGGACUAUUUUGCCUCCAAUGUCAACUCAUAGGCAUGGCUUAGGAGUUACUGUUCUUGAAGGACCAAUUUAUGCAGUGGGAGGUCAUGAUGGCUGGAGUUAUUUGAACACAGUUGAGAGAUGGGACCCCCAAAGUCAACAGUGGACAUUUGUAGCCAGCAUGUCUAUUGCCAGAAGCACGGUCGGUGUGGCAGCAUUAAAUGGCAAGUUAUACUCAGUUGGAGGUCGAGAUGGCAGUUCUUGUUUGAGCUCAAUGGAAUAUUAUGAUCCCCACACUAACAAAUGGAACAUGUGUGCUCCAAUGUGUAAGAGAAGAGGAGGUGUUGGAGUGGCUACCUGUGAUGGUUUCCUCUAUGCAGUUGGAGGCCAUGAUGCCCCUGCUUCUAACCAUUGCUCCAGACUCCUGGAUUAUGUUGAAAGGUAUGAUCCCAAAACUGAUACUUGGACCAUGGUAGCACCACUGAGCAUGCCACGUGAUGCUGUGGGUGUUUGUAUCCUUGGUGAUAAAUUGUAUGCAGUAGGUGGAUAUGAUGGCCAGACAUACCUCAACACCAUGGAGUCAUAUGAUCCUCAAACUAAUGAAUGGACACAGAUGGCCUCUCUAAAUAUUGGAAGAGCCGGAGCCUGUGUUGUGGUUAUAAAGCAACCAUGACUUUGUCUGCAGUGGAUUUUAUUGACUUUUGGGUGGAUUUUUCAGUCACACAAACAAGAAAGAAAACUUUGUUGAGCAUAAGGAUCAAUAGAUACACUCAACCCUCUGUUGAUCACAAACUUGAAAAUGGGGAGACAAAAAAUGAAGAUUUGAUGCCUUUUCCAAUCAUUAGACACUGCUCAAUGACUAAACAGCAACAAGAAGAAAAUCAAUCUGUGGUGGGAGCCAACGUAUGAACAUAAAAGGAUGAAGUUCAGGCCUUGCUCUACAGGCUGUGUGAUGCAGACACAGCAAACUGUCAGUAUCCAAGAUCAACUCUUUAUAAAAAGUGAAGCAACCUAACAAAUGGUUUUCAUAGCACUAGAUAUUUUAACUCUGGAAUCACCAUAGUACACUAAGUCACUUUUUAAAACCAUAGUUUUAUUAAAAGAAAAUGUACAUUCCUGGUUUAUCCCCCCCCCCCCCCAACUCUCUCUCUCAAAGCCUUAUCUUCAAAUGGUUUACAUGUUCUGCCAUUUACACAGACAGUAUUAGACAGGAGAGAACCGUAGUGUCCUCCUAUAAUUAUAAAAUGUCUCUAUCCUUUUCUUUUCAUCAGAAAUUAUCUAAGUUGACUAGUGCAACAUGAUUGUUUCUCUGUUGUUAGACUAUCUUCUCCUACUAAAAUUAUACAUCGUUUCUGGUUGUAGUGAUGUUGUAUUUUAAGUGGGGAGAUCUAAGUGUAGAUGAAAGACUGAUGCUUUUGGACCAUUGCUGCUUCACUACAAUGAAAGAGAUCCAAAGGAAAAUUCUCACAAAUUCACCUUACCUUCUUGUUCAAGCAUGUCAAUUCUUGUCUCUUUCAAAGCUUGUGUGCUUCUCCUGCAUGUGGGAAGUUUGUGGAAGGCAGGGCAACAGCAGCUUUUACUGCAUUGCAUCAUGUAACAGGCAACAUUCAACAAUUGCAAGGCAAUUCCAUUAUGACACAGAAAUACAGUAAGAGACAAAAAUGUUAUAAUGCUUAUGUGUGUUUUCAGAUCUCAUCAUUAUACUGAUUCAAUUGUGUGGUUUUAUUUAUUACUUUAAAAUCUUAUUUCUUCAAGUUAUUUGUACUAUGGGACAAAUUUGCCUUUCAACAAGAGAAGGGUGUAACAAUCUACUGAUGUUUAUUAAAGGCUGAAUAGCAGACACAGAGAGAUGGUGGUUUGAGCACGAAUCGGGAAACAAAUACAGCAUGGACUUAUCCAUGCCCUAUAUACACAAUGUCAUUUACCCAUACCCCUGGAAGUGUUUGUGGGCUCCUCUAGGUCACCCAGAGUGACUCUAUUAUAUGUUUCCCAUUCAAGUGUAGUCAAAAUAAAAGGUUUGCUGUUAUCUGAGGUUUCAGGGAUCCAUAGAGGGUAAUUGAACACAUUCCUUGCAACAACAGCAACCAUUUUUAUUGAUUAGCCAGUUGGCUUUAUAUAUUCCUUGCAAAUAUGGGGAGCAUACUUUACUUUCACCUAGCUAUUUUUUACCCUGUUCAAAAACUAUGAAGAAGACAAAUGGAUAGCAAGGAAGAAAAUCAGCUUUCCACAUUUUAUUUUCAUUUUGGAAUGGAAGAUUUUUACAUAGAUUUGCUAUAUAAUAUCAAAUUUAUACCCAUGGGAUGAUGGAUCAAUAUGAGCAAAAACAGAACAACAAAUCAAGCUGUUUAAGCUGUUUUGGCAAAAUGUGUCUUAAUAGCAUGGAUGAAACAGAAUUCAAAACUAUAUGGAACCUUUUCCCCUAAAGAUCUGCUAUUUGUAUGAAUGAGCCACAGAAAUUGCCUUUUGGAUCUUACAUAGAUGUCAGUGUUGGCUGUGUUAAGUCAGAGCAUGGUUGAACUCUCAUAUCAAAAGACCAAAAUAAAAUUGGUUUUACUGGCGUAUGUAGGACUGUUAAUUUCAUGAGUCACCUCAAUUGUAGCAAGAAUAAAGCUUUCUGUGAAACCUUCUGGGAUGCGGCUGGUGAUUCUGUUUAUUAAAGUUUGGCAAUGAAAAAAA